UUGGCAGCACAUUCAGAUAAAGUACAUUUUUACUCGUUACUGUGAUAAUCGAAUACUUUUAGGUGUAGUCAAGUUUUUUGUUCGUUCCAUAAAUUUCGGUCGAAACUUUUUAGGGCCGUCUGAAUAUUUUGAACGCAUAUAAAUAAUUCUACAUCGAACGAUUAACAAAAGUAGAGUUUUCAACAGUUGAUCGACUCUCAGCCAUCAUUGACUCUUGCUGCAGGUAAAAUUUUACGAAACUUUCUAUAAGUAUUUGGUGUCAGGUUUGUUUUUGCUUUACUAUCAUAGCAGCAAUUAGCUCAUUUAGGAAUAGAGAAAAUGAAUUAACAAAAUUAAAUGAGUCAUUAGUGAAGUAAUGUACGUAUUAUGAACAAAUUGUCUUUAGCAAAAGCCAACACUUUGAGUGUAUAUAUAUGAUACAAAAGUGUGUUGAAAAUUGGAUAUGUACACAUACAUAUGUUCAUAAUAUAUUCAUCCACUUGUGCAUAUGUUUUCGUUCGUAUGCCCAUAAGUACUUGCUUAUUGCAGAACUAAGAUCAUGUUAGUUAUAGAUUUAAUCGCUGUGAAAGUGCACCAGCAUUUCUUGCUUUCUAUAAUAAAUAUCAUAAAUACGUGUCCAAAAAAUUUAAUAUAAAUAAUAGAACAUAUGUUUUCCCGUACCAUCCUAUGACCUACACAUAUUUUGGUUGGAAGUAAAAAAGUGUCGAGAAAUAUAUAAAUAUACCACAAUAUAUUUUUAAACGUAUGCAUUAAAAUUGUGCAAGAGUAAAUUAAAGCAAUUAAGUAAAUCAAUUGGAUUCAGAAAAUAAAACGAUAGAACUAUAUAAAAUCUACUACUAUAGACGAAAAAUCGAAAGCAUUGGCAAGAUGACUCAAAUGACACAAGAUGAAAUUAUUAGCAAUACAAAAACAGUGCUGCAGGGUCUCGAGGCCUUGCGUGUCGAACACGUCUCCUUGAUGACUGGUAUGGGCGAAGCUCAUCGAGAAAAUGAGAAAUCCGAUAUAGUAAGAAAAAAUAUUGAACAUAUUGAAUUGGGUUUGUCUGAGGCUCAAGUUAUGAUGGCAUUAGCGUCACAUUUGCAAAAUAUCGAGGCUGAAAAACAAAAAUUAAAAACACAAGUGCGCCGACUGCACCAAGAAAAUGCGUGGCUACGCGAUGAGCUAGCCAAUACACAGCAAAAAUUCCAAGCCUCCGAACAAUUGGUAGCACAAUUGGAAGAAGAGAAAAAACAUCUCGAAUUUAUGGCAUCCGUUAAAAAAUACGAUGAUAAUCAGGAGCAAGAGGAUUCUUGUGAAAAAUCACGUACCGACCCAGUCGUCGAACUCUUUCCCGAUGAGGAAAAUGAGGAGCGAAACAAUAUGUCGCCAACGCCGCCAAGUCAAUUCGCUAAUUCGACUGCUGGCUAUGAGAUACCAGCACGUCUACGUACUUUGCAUAAUUUGGUGAUUCAAUAUGCUUCGCAAGGCAGAUACGAAGUGGCAGUUCCACUUUGCAAACAAGCACUUGAAGAUUUGGAGAAAACUAGUGGCCACGAUCAUCCCGAUGUUGCUACGAUGUUGAAUAUUCUAGCCUUAGUCUAUCGCGAUCAGAACAAAUACAAAGAGGCAGCCAAUCUGCUAAACGAUGCGCUGUCUAUUCGUGGCAAAACACUAGGUGAAAAUCAUCCAGCUGUAGCGGCAACCUUAAACAAUUUAGCUGUUUUAUAUGGUAAACGAGGCAAAUAUAAAGAUGCUGAACCACUUUGUAAGCGUGCACUGGAAAUACGAGAAAAGGUGCUUGGUAAAGAUCAUCCCGAUGUGGCGAAGCAGUUGAACAAUUUGGCAUUGCUGUGCCAAAAUCAGGGAAAAUACGAUGAAGUUGAAAAGUAUUACCAACGUGCAUUAGAAAUAUACGAAUCGAAACUCGGUCCAGAUGAUUCGAAUGUCGCUAAAACCAAAAACAACCUGGCCAGCUGUUAUCUGAAACAGGGCAAAUAUACAGAAGCCGAAGUCCUCUAUAAGCAAGUCUUAAAUCGUGCACACGAACGUGAGUUUGGGGCCAUUCACAGCAAAAAUAAGCCAAUUUGGCAGGUUGCUGAGGAACGAGAGGAACAUAAAUAUGAUGAUUGUUAUAAUACACCAUACGGCGAAUACGGUGGCUGGCAUAAGGCGGCGAAAGUCGAUACACCAACUGUUACGACAACACUAAAGAAUCUUGGCGCCCUGUACCGGCGACAGGGUAUGUUCGAGGCAGCCGAAACAUUGGAGGACUGUGCGUUACGUAGCAAAAAAGAAGCAUUAGAUUUAGCGAAACAAACCAAAGUUGCACAACUGCUCACCAGCGGCGAAAAGCGGCGCUCAAGACAUUUUAAAGAAGAUGCUGAUAACGAUGAGAAGGGACACAAACCUUAGAGGGUUUAGCGGGGAUGGCCGGUCAGCAACGUGUGCUAUACAAGCUCACCAAUAAAAUAAAAAGAUAUUUUAAGUUUUUCUACACAAGUAACCAUGAAAAAAAAUAUUUAUUUACUCAUUCCUUAAUAAAGUUUGUUCACGCAAAUUAAGUUUUCUCUGCUUGAAUAAAUAAACCGAUAUAUAUAUAUAUAUGAAA